AUGCCAAGUUCGUCGUCCAAAACAAACGCGCAAUCCCAGACCAGAGCUUCCUCCAGCGGAGACACUCUAGCCUUUAUGUACACCUGCUCUCCAGCCAGCUUGGCAGCCAACACAAUCAUGGAAGAAAGUGGAGAACAGUAUGGCCACUCAGAAACAGAUUUCCUGGCUCCGAAACCGUCAGAGCGAGGGGGACGAUCUCGAUUCCUUGGCAUUGUCAAAGGGGGCCUCAAGAAAGGCCGGCUGGGGAUGAUUGGCUAA